AUGCCCCCCACACCGAUCUACCUCGACCACAACGCCACGUCGCCGCUGUUGCCGGCCGCGGCGGAGGCGAUGCGCGAGGCUUGGGGGACGGCUUGGGCGAAUCCCGCUAGCCAGCACGCCGCGGGGCGGGCCGCUCGGCGGGUGUUGGAGACAGCCCGUGAACAGGUUAUCCACCUUUUGGGCGGCGACCCGACGGGCCGCGCGCCCGACCGGCUGGUCUUCACGUCCGGCGGGACCGAGGCGAACGCCCUGGCGAUCCGCGGCCUGCUAGCAGCCAGCGGCAAGCGGCGGCUGGUGAUCUCGGCGAUCGAGCACCCGAGCGUCGCCCGUACGGCGGAGCGGCUCGAAACGGAGGGCGUCCGGGUUGAUCGCCUCGGCGUCGGCCCGGACGGCCGCGUACGAGUCGAAGAGCUCGAGGCGCUGCUGACGGAGGCCGCUGACAACAUCGGGCUGGUGAGCGUGAUGCUCGCUAGCAAUGAGACAGGGGUCGUUCAGCCUGUUGAAGAACUAGGCCAGAUGUGCCGCGCGAGGGGCGUGCUGUAUCACACCGACGCGGUGCAAGCGGUUGGCAAGACGGGUAUCGGCUUUCGUGGAAAACCCGUCGAUGCCCUGUCAUUUACGGCCCACAAGUUUCACGGCCCGAUGGGUGUCGGCGGCCUGCUCCUGGCGCCAGGCGUCACUCCAACUCCGAUGUUCGACGGCGGGUUCCAGCAGGAUUCGCUCCGCGCGGGGACCGAAUCCGCGCCGCUAGCGGCUGGUUUGGCGGCUGCCCUUUACGCUGCUGCUGGGAGCAAACACCUUCAUAAACGCUUCUUGCCACUUCUUUGGAAACGAGAUCGCUUAGAAGCCGGGAUACUUUCUUCGUGGCCCGGGGCCGUGGCGAUCGGCGCCGAGAGUCCCCGCCUGCCGCACGCUGCGUGCAUCGCCUUUCCCGGCGCCGAUCGGCAGGCCUUGGUGAUGGCGUACGACCUUGCCGGCGUCGCCUGCAGCACCGGGUCGGCUUGCGCAAGCGGAUCGAGCGAACCCUCGCCGACGUUGUUGGCGAUGGGGCUCGACCGGGAGCUGGUCGAUGGUGCAGUGCGCUUCGCCGUCGGAGCGAUGACGACCGAGGCCGAGAUCGACGAAGCGAUCGAGCGGAUCGCCCGCGUCAACGCGGGGAAGGGCCCUUCCAACGCGUUUCGUGCCGCGGUUGGCUGGAUGUUCGGCUGGCGCGUCGGAACGCGGCAACGGUUCGCCGUGCCCGCCGCCCGCCUGGAAACGUCCCGUGUGACCCCGCUGCCGCUGCCCGGCGCGCUGUCGGGUCGCAGCGGUCUUCCGACGCGUCCCGCCGCGGCGCCCGACCGCUCGGUCUACUACGCCGGCCCGGAGAACUCGCUGGUCGCCGCGGCGGUCGCCCGCUUGAUCGCCGCCGCUCAAUCGGGCAAUGCCGUCGCCACGCCGCUCACGCUCAUCGGCCCGCCCGGCAGCGGCAAGAGCCUGCUCGCCACCGGCGUCGCCGCGGCCUGGAGCGCGGCCCAGGGCGACAACGCGGUGCUCAGCGUCACGGGCCUCGACCUGCGUCGCCAACUCGAACGCGCGUUGGGCGCGGAAACCGAGCGGCCCGGCGCCGUCGCGGAAUUGGCCGAUCACCUCGCCGCGCUCAAGCUGCUGGUGGUCGAAGACCUCGACGCCCUCGCCGAAUCGGCUGUCACGGUUGAGCUGCUAACCGUCACGGUCGAUCGUCUCGCUGCAGCGGGCGCCGCGCUCGUCGUUACCGCCAGCAAACCGCUCGGCGAGAUAGCCGGGCUCGAUGCGCGGAUCGUGGGACGGUUGGCGGCGGGGUUGAAUCUUGAAGUUGCAGCGCCCGCCGAGGGGACCCGGCGCGAGCUGCUGGUGGCCGCGCUGGCGGCGGCUGGUCGGCAUGUCGAACCCGCCGCCGCAGCCGACCUUGCCGCUUGGCUCCAUGCCGACGCUCGCCGUGUCCUGGCGGUGGCGAGUGACCUGCAGCACCGCUUCGGCGGGCGCAAGCCGAUCACUAAAGCCGAGGCCCGCUCGUACAUCACUCAAGCCGCCGCCCAAGAAGCUUCGACGCCCCUGUCCGACAUCGCCGCGGUGGUGGCCCGUUACUACGCGAUGUCGCUCCGCACGCUCCGCAGCAGCUCGCGCAAGGCGCCGGUGGUGUUGGCCCGGGCGGUGACGAUCUUCCUCGCCCGCCAACUGACGCCGCUCAGCUACGACGAGAUCGGCCGUUACCUGGGGGGACGCGACCACACGACGGUGAUGCACAACUUCCACCGCAUCGACGACCGGCUGCCGAAGGACCGGGCGCUGCGUUCGGCGAUCGAUGACUUGCUGCGUCGGCUCGGCCGGGCGGAGAUGUCGGCGUCGUGCGUUUCCGGAAGCGGAGCCCUACGCUACCGAACGGGGACGGGACGCACGAGCGUCCGCCCCGAAGCGCCUAUGAAGAUCACCUGUGACCGCGAGAAGCUCCUCAAGGCCUUCCAAGACGUGGCGGCGGUCGCCCCUGCACGCAGCCCCAAGCCGAUCCUGCAGAACGUCAAGCUCGAAGUGAGCGACAACGGCUCGGCCACGUUCUUCGCGACCGACCUGGAAGUCUCCAUCCGCCGCGAAGUCGAAGGCGUCGAGGUCGAGACGCCCGGUUCGGUGCUGCUGCCGGUGACGCGCUUUGGCGCGAUCCUGCGUGAGUCUUCCGACACGACGUUCCGCAUCGAGACCGACGGCGUGAAGACGCUCGUCCGUGGCGAACGGAGCCGGUUCAACCUGCCGAGCGAGAACCCCAGCGAGUUCCCGCCGGCGGUGGGCUUCGACGCCGAGGCGUACUACCAGGCGCCGACACGGUUGCUCAAGGAGAUGAUCCGCCGGACGAUCUUCGCGACCGACAACGAGUCGAGCCGUUACGCGCUGGGCGGCGUGAAGUUCGAAGUCUCCGAAGAGGGCAAACUCAUCGCGGUCGGCACGGACGGCCGUCGCCUGGCGAAGAUGGAGGGCCCGCUGGAGAAGAUCGGCGACCCCGCCCCGGUGGGCGACGCGACGAUCGUGCCGAUGCGUUCGCUGCAACUCAUCGACCGCACGCUGACCGACGAAGAGGCGCCGACGAAGUUCGCGGUGCGGGCCAACGACGCCGUGUUCGCCACGCCGACCUCGACGCUCUCGACCCGUUUGCUCGAAGGCCGUUACCCGCGUUGGCGCGACGUCGUUCCGACCCGUAGUGACUCGGCGAAGAUCGAGCUGACGGUCGGUCCGUUCUUCGCCGCGGUGCGGCAAGCGGCGAUUGUCACGAACGACGAGUCGCGGGGCGUGGACUUUGCCUUCGGCGACGGCGCCCUGGUCCUCGCCGGCCAAGCGGCCGAGGUCGGCGAGUCGCACGUCGAGCUGCCGAUCGGCUACGACGGCGCGAAGAUCGAGAUCACCCUUGACCCGCGGUUCUUGGUCGACUUCCUCAAGACGCUCGGCCCCGAGCAGUCGUUCACGUUCGACUUGGUGGACAGCGACUCGGCCGCGGUCGCCCUCACCGACGACGGCUACACAUACGUCCUCAUGCCCCUUGCGCGCGACCGGAAUUGA